CCUGAUAAGUGGCCACAGACCCGACCAGCCGUUCAAAGCAACACCGUCGGGUGUUGGUAACAGUUGAUGAGCUCUCGUGCCAGCCCUAAAAAGUUUCACCAUUUCGAGGCGGGAUGUGAACAGUGCCCUCGAACCGUGAAAAACCAUUUACAUUUUCAAAUUUCCCUCAGAUUGGGAUGAAUUUAUAGGAGUGCAACGUGCAUCCUGCAACGCCUUCAAAGCACAAAUUGUUAAACCAAAUGCAGGACAAAUUCAAAAGUGCAAAAUAAACUAAAAGUUGCUCAGAACUUUAUCAAAAUUCCUGACUUUGGCCAAGUAAAACAAAACAAUCUUCUGUGCCGGCCAUAAGGGCCCUAUAACCGACUGAGUGCUAUCCACACCAGAGCCAGAGCAGGAGCAGCGGCCACUCCAACAACAGUGCAAAAUGAAUGAGAGACUGGAGAAGGCGAACAGCCGGAAGGCCUCCCGCGUCUCCCACAUGGACAUCGAUGAGUCGGAGCUGAACGAUCCCUUCCAGGCGCUCAUGGAGAAGGCCGGCAACCAUGGCCGCUACCAGACCCUCUACAACUUUCUGUUCGUCGGCGGCCUGGCCUUCAGCGGUGCCAUGAUCUACAUGAACAUCAUUCUGGCCCUCAACAUACCCGAUCACUGGUGCACCGUUCACGGGCGGGAAAACACAAACUUCACGCUGGACCAAUGGCGCGACAUAACGCUGCCCAAACAGGCGGACAACCGUGGCAGGGAGACGUUCAGCAAUUGUGAGAUGUUCCAAAUGAACUUCACCGAGAUCCAGGACUGGUCCACCUGGAACACGAGCCUGCGAACCAAUCAAACACAAGCUUGCCAGAACGGCUGGAGCUAUGACAAGACCUGGUACGAGAGCACGAUUCCCACGGACCACAAUUGGGUGUGUGCCAAGGAUUUGUUCGUGACAAAUGUGUUCGUUGUGGGUCGUGUGACGGAGGUGGCUGGCUCAUUUAUAUUGGGACAAAUGGGAGACUCCUAUGGUCGCAGGUUGGUCUACUACAUUAGCGUUGUGUUCUGCUCCCUGGGACGCAUCGGGUCCAUCAUGUGCACCAGCUCGUAUACGUGGUUCCUCAUCAUGUCCGGCAUCGUGGGCCUCACCGUCAACAGUCUCUUCCAGUCGCCCCAAAUCAUUGGCAUGGAAAUCUCACGGGAGGAGGAUCGCAGUCGCAUUGCCUUCUUCCAGAGCUGCGGCUGGUCCAUUGGCACCACGUUCAUGCCGCUGCUUUAUUGGUGGCUGGGGCACUGGGACUCCUUUAUGUGGCUCACAUCGUUGCCCACGGCUACGGUUUUAAUUUUCUCCAAAUACGUCAUCGAAUCGCCGCGCUGGUUGAUUAGCAAACGGCGCUUCCGCGACGCCAUUGUGCAGCUGAGGAAGAUAGCCAAAAUUAAUGGCCGCCAUUUCGAUGUGACCGAGAAAGAGCUGGCGGAAAUCUACAGCCAGGACAAGCAGGAUGUAACCUACGGCAUUGCCUCGCUCUUUGCCGGCUGGCGCCUGGCCCGCAACACCACAAUCAUGGGCUUUAGCUGGUGCGUGGUGGCUGUCUCCUAUUUCACGCUGGUCCUCUUCAGCUCCCGCAUGGCCGGCAAUCCCUUUUUGAACUUUUUGUAUCAGAGCAUUGUCGAAAUUCCCGCCUACAUUGUGGGUCGUUAUCUGGGUGAUACGUAUGGACGACGCUUCACCAACUCGGUGUCCUUUCUCGUCUCGUUCGUCACCUGCGUGCCCAUCAUUGUGUAUGCGACGGACGAGCGGUACGAGUACUUGAUGAUCUACCUGGCGACGUUCGUCAAGUUCCUGAACGCGCUCACCUUCUUCACCGUCAACCUGCAGUGCCUGGAGAUCUAUCCCACGUGCAUGCGGCAGACGGGAGUGGCGCUGGGCACCAUCCUGGCCAAUGCCAUCGGUGUGCUGGCCCCGUAUCUGGUCUAUCUGGGCACCACGGUGAACAUCCGUGCGCCCUACUACAUUCUGGGCACCCUUUUCCUGCUGGGUGGGAUUGGAGCCCUGUUCCUGCCCGAGACGCUGCACAAGAAGCUGCCAGACACCAUGGAGGAGGCUGGAAACUUUGGCAGGCACGAUAAAUUCUUCAGUCUGCCGAAGCCGCCGCUGGCGCCAGAGCCCAACCAGUCGCUGUCCGCCCAUCCGGAGCUAACCAAGCUCACCCAGACUCAGGAGGUUUCGCCUUGAAGGCAGACACUGACAGGGCCACGAAUCGAUUCCCGUCACCGUCACCGUUACUGAUACUAUUACUGAUACUGUUACUGUUACCAAUCUCUCGUUCACGUUGUUCCCUUUGUGAUGUUACAUUAAGUAUGGCCCAAAGUAUUGCGAAUAAAGUAUUGUUAUGUAGGCAGCCAAGCCGUAAUAAGA